UCGCAUCCAAGUGCAGCUCGGCAAACAUAACCUGGCACUCACGGAAUCGACAGAGCAGUUGAUCAAUUCAGCUAAAGUCAUCCGUCACUCUGGCUACAGCUCCGCAACGCUGGACAAUGACAUUAUGCUCAUCAAGCUGGCCCAACCAGCCCAGCUCAACCGAGCGGUGCAAACAGUUCCUCUGCCGACCAGCUGUGUGGCCACGGGCACCACAUGCCUGAUCUCUGGCUGGGGCAACAUGCUCAGCAACGCCAGUGAGUACUCU